AUGACCAACAGUAUCUUCCUUGGACCUUCUACCUUCCUUCUAACAGGAACCCCAGGAAUGGAAAGUGGGAACAUGUGGCUUGCUGUCCCUUUCUGCUGCAUGUAUGUUAUUUCCAUGCUGUGGAACAGUGCGAUCCUCUUUGUCAUCAAAGCAGACCGCAGCCUCCAUGAGCCCAUGCACCUCUUCCUGUGCAUGCUGGCUACCGCAAAGCUUGGUGUGUCUCUGCUCCCCACAGCGCUGAGCACGCUGAUCCUUGAUUCACGGGAGAUCAGGUUUGAUGCCUGCCUUGCCCUGAUGUUCUUCAUCCUGAACUCUGUGGUGCUGUGGGCCAUGGCCUUCAACUGCUUCACGGCCAUCUACAACCCCUUGCAGUAUGCAUCCAUCCUGACCAGCCCCAGGCUAGGUGUCAUCAGGGUGGGGCUCACGGUGAGCAUUAGUCUCUUGGUCCCCUUGCUGAUACUUCUGAAGAAGCUGUCAUUCUGCAGGUCCCAUGUGCUGGCUCACUCCUCCUGUUUGCACCCCACCUUACUCCAGCUGCCCUGUGCAGAUAUCAAGGUGAAUAACAUGUAUGGCUUAUUUGUUGUUCUGGCCACCUUUGGGCUAGACUUGCUGUCUGUCAUCCUGUCCUAAGUCACGAUCACAAAGACUGUGCUGAGUAUCACGUCCAAGGAAGAGCCUCUCAAGGCCCUGAACUCCUGCAUCUCUCGUCUCCAUGCUGUUUUGAUUUAUUACAUCCCAAUGAUUGGCUUGUCCAUGGUGUACAGGUUUGGGAAAUCUGCCUCUCCUCUGAUUCACGUCCUCACAGCCAAUAUCUACCUUCUUCUACCCCUUGUGCUAAACCCCAUUACUUACAGUGUAAAAACUAAACAGAUCUGUGGAGGCAUACACAAACUUCUCACUCCAAGAAGGCACUGA